CACUCAUUCACUCACCCACUCAGUCACAACACCACUUGAACACAGACACAACCCCCCUCCAGAAUGGCAGCCCCCCACCUCCAGCCCGCCCACACGGGCUUCAACCCAACCCGCGAAGACAUCUACAUCGCCGCGCGGAUCCUCAUGGGCCUGCGCCUCCCACGCCCGCCGGCAGCCGACACGCCAGCCCACCUCCCACCCGAGCUGGCCCGGUCCGUCCUGUCCCACGCGGGCUACAACCCGCGCAUCACAUCGAGCCGCGCGGACGAGGCCAGGUACCACGCCGACGACUUCUGGCAGCCCGGCCCGCGCGCCAGCGUCGCGGGCUUGUACCUCACCACCCGUGACCCGCUGCCGGGGUGUCUGCGGAGGGUGGCCUCCGUCACGCUGCAGGUGCGCGCUGCGGACCAGGGGUGGGCUACGUUUGGGGGCGAGGGGACGUAUGAGAACAGCCAUACCUGGUUUGAGGCUUGUGUCCUGCGGCCUGUUGAUGGGGGGGAUGGGGUGCAGCCGGUGCAACAGGAGGAAGGGGAGGGGGAGGAUGAGCCUCUCGAGACGCGGGGCGAUAUCGUGCGGGUGUUCGAGACCCCCGGCGACGCGAGGGGGGAGCUCGAGCAGUUCGGCUGGCGGAUGGUCGAGCACGGCGGGAGGAGCACCUGGCUGGUGCAUCACAACAUCACGGCCUCUCGAGCCUGGAAGGAUUACCGGGUCGACUGGGUCGCCGGGGAACCCACCGAGAUCGACGUCCCGGGGGCUGUCGGUGACGGCGAGGGGUUUCUGGAUGCGCUGAUGCCUGGGGACAAGAUUGCCCUCUGGGCCAGGGCGGAGCAACAGGCCUGGGUGAUCAAGGUCGCCGAGGCUUGCAUUGAGGUCGUGUACGAAGUCGACAUCUAAGAUGCGGUUGUUAUUCACCAGCGGCAUCCUCGAGCCCCAGACCAACAGCAAUAAUCCCCGCAAUGCGCUGUAUUAUCCAGCAUUGUGGAAUCGUGGGCAGAAUACCAACCUUGGAACACUCCUAACAAUAUCGACAGUCGAGGAAAGGAAGAGGCUCCAAGGCAAGGAGCGGUCAGAGUUCCACCCAACUCUGUAUACCUAGGUACCUAGCUACGAGAAGGAGAAGAAAACACCCAGCAAGGAGAGACCUGCAAUGAAGAUAGGAGUCGGCCAAUUAUGAGCACUGGGUCCUCCUCUCCACUGGCAGUGCCCGAGCACAAUGCAUCCCGCAUCUCUUACCGCCAGGCACUUCUUGUUGGUACUCGGGACGCCAAAGUGGACCAUCAGCAAUGUGACAGGUCGACCCCGUUGACUCCGUAAUUGGUAUUGGUUCGCAACUGAUCGGCAUCGGUCCCAGAAGGGAGUGAGCGGUAGCGGUCCACUGCCUGGCCCGUCGGUACGAGAUUAAUCUACGUGUACGGCCGGGCCUCGGGGUCCCAAGAGGACAUUUUUCCGACUGGCCGUGCCCUCAUCGGCGGUAACGGAGCCUCCUUUCUGUCUUGGUCGAGGGAGGAGAACCACAUGAGUAGGACCGCCAGGAUCCCGGAUGUGAUGACUGUUUUGGGCAGCCCAGGCUGACGACGGUGCGCUCCCACGUGCAAGUUGGUUAUCAGCGAGACCAAGCCUCAUCUUCAUGCAAGCAGCGAUAGCGCCGAGCCAGAUGCCAGAUGCCAUACCUAGGUACCCAGGUAUGCACACCUAUGACGGCGCGCAUAAUCUUCCGGUAGCUGUUUCACCGUUCCAUGGUUGCCAUAACCGAGCCACUGCA